AUGGCGCAACAGCCUUUGCCCACAACGGCCCAGCCGACCGACAUUUACGGUGGAGAUGAGGUAUCAGCCCUCGUGCUCGACCCCGGGUACUGCACCACACGCGCAGGCUUCGCCGGCGAAGACGUGCCCAAAUCAGUGCUGCCCUCUUUCUACGGCCAUGUCACGAGCGAUCCUCCCAAGGACGUGUUUGGCGACGAGUGCCUGAUCCCUCGCGCCGAUUUCGAGAUUCGCAACUACAUGAACCGCGACAGCGUUGUUGAGGACUGGGACGUGGCCACCAAGGUGUGGGAACACAUGCUGAUUAAGCGCCUGCAACCCGAACGCCCGACACACCCGUCCAAGAAUGGUCUCAACGACGAUUCCAAGGAAGCCGACACCGAGGGCGACGUCGCGAUGGAGGAGGCCGAGACGCAAGAAAAGCCGCUGCAGGAGAACCCUCUUCUUAUUACAGAGGCGCCGUGGAACACGGCCAAGAACAGAGAAAAGGCCAUUGAGCUGGUAAUGGAGAACUGGGGUUGCCCUGCGUUCUGGCUCAGCAAGACACCAGUACUGGCCGCGUUCGCUGCUGGCAAGGCCACUGCGCUUGUCAUUGACGUUGGUGGCGCCAACACUUCUGUCACCGCUAUUCACGACGGCAUGGUUCUGAAGCGCUCAGUCCAGCGGUCUCCCGCCGGUGGUCUCUGGCUCUCCUCCCAGAUCCGCAGCCUGUGGCAAACGUCGGAGCCCCAGGUCAGCCUGGUUCCCACAUACCUUAUUGAAAAUAAGACGCCAGUCGAUGCCCUAGCGCCUCCGCAGUACCGCGAGCGCAAGUUCCCCUUCCAGGUCAGCGACUCGUUCAGGCUGUACGAGGAGGAGCGCGCUUUGACCGAGUUCAAAGAGUCGGUGGUUGAGGUGUGGCGCGGACCCGGCAAGCUUGGCGCCCCCGGAAAUGAGGACUACGUUAAGACCCAGCCUGGCCGCGUGUUCGAGAUGCCAGACGGCUACAACCAGAUGUGGCGCGAGCAGCGCUUCAAGGUGACCGAGGGCCUCUUUGACGACAACGCGGGCCUGCCUGUGGCCGAGUCGGAGCGUCUCACCAAGGGCCAGACGAUCCCGGAACUCAUCAAGACGUCGCUCAGCGGCGUCGACGUCGACCUGCGCGGUAACCUGCUGGCCAACGUGGUGGUGACGGGCAGCACUAGCCUGAUCAACGGCUUCAACGACCGACUCAACAACGAGCUGACGGCCAUGUACCCGGGUCUCAAGAUCAAGAUCCACGCGGCCGGCCUGACGAGCGAGCGCCGCUUCGCGCCGUGGAUCGGCGGCAGUAUCCUGGCCAGCCUGGGAACCUUCCACCAGAUGUGGAUCUCGAGAAAGGAGUACGAAGAGAACGGUGCCAACAUUGUGGAGAAGCGCUGCAAGUAG